UAUAUAAACAUUGUUGCAGGACAGACUGCAGAGCUUGGCAGCUGGUGAGAGAAAGAGAGGAAGAGCUGAAGAAAGAAGUUUCCAGAUACAAGUUGCAGACAAUAACGGUUAAAACUACGCAUCUUAAACAUCCACAGAAUUUAAAUAACGAUUGACCACAUAAGCAGCUGAUACUGCAGAGAGGACAAUCAUGCCUGAACUCUUUGCAUAUACUGACAUCGGCAGCUCACCUCCUUCUCCAGUGGACAGCAGCGACAGAAGGCUGUCCUGGGGCAAACUGGUUCAAAGGCUGACUGAUUUCAGCACACCUGCCAACAACAGGAGUAUGGAGUCAGGGUCCAACAAUAGCAGCAGGAGUGAUCUCUCAGACUCAGGUUCAGAUGUCUCAAGUGACUUGUGUGCCUUCAAUGAGGACCUGUUUUACGAUCCAAUGGAGGAGACACUCUUAAAAGAAGUAGUGGACCUGAUUGCACGAAGUCUGAGAGAAGCCAAAGACACAGAUUGCGCCUUAAGAUGUACAAAACUGCUCAUUCCAGACAAACUUCUGGAGCACAUCGGACAGGAGCUCCUUCAUCUGGCAGCUAGUGAGCCCUGCGGCUUAAGAGGGGCUCUCAUUGACCUCUGCGUUGAGCAAAGGGAUGUCUGUGAGAGCAUGGGACAGCUAUCUGUGGACCCAUACCUUGUCCCCACAUUUCAGCUCGCUCUGGUGUUGAGGCUAGAGUCGGGCGGCCUUUGGCCUAAAAUUCAAGGACUUUUUAGCACAAAGUCUCCUUCUACUCCAGUAGUGAGACAAGCUAUUAAACUUAGUACUGGUUUCCGUGUGAUCAAGAAGAAGCUGUAUAGUUCUGAAGAUCUUCUAAUUGAGGAAUGUUAAGUAAUACAAAGAAUUGAAAUGCUUUGAUGCUGACAAGAGGACAAUAAAAGCUCACAAAGGGGCCUAGUACUGUAAUUACAUGUAUAUGAAGCAUUCUGAAGUGUAUCAGAUGGACUUUGUCAUGAUGUAGCCUACUGUUCCCACUGUACAGGGGCUGAACUUUAUGGUACCUGGAGCAGGCAGUGCUUCUAAUACUCACUCACUGACAUUCAGAUUUUAAAAUGACAACGUGUAACCAUCACAUUAUAUCUGGUGACAUGGCAUUUACAAGUAUUGGAAGUGCAUACCUCAGUUUCUAUUGAAACUAAACAACGGCAGCUAGCUAUAUUGUUAUAGUUAUUAUUGAAGUUCAUUGUGUUCUUUUUCUUUUUAUACAUGACAGUUAAUUGAAUUGGCCAAAGCCUGAUGAAGUGUACACCAAGAGAACAGUUGGUAACCUUUGUGAAGUGUGAAAGGCCUACCCUUGCUUGCCUUGUGCAUUGUUUGUGCAAGCCGCGGCUAAGAUUACAAAUGUAACUUGAUCUUGUGUUGUGCAGCCCUGUCCUGCUUCGGUUGAUAUUCAAAUACUCAGUGAACUUUUUUUUUUGUACCUUUAUUGAAUGCAAAUAAAUUAUUGUUUUCUAACA